CUCAGGGGAGAGGGGCGGAAUUAUUCCGUAUGAAGACCGAUGGCCUGAGAGAGAGAAUCUGGGUGGAGACACGCUGACAGACACACGGGCCGCCGGACAGGUGAUGUGAAAAGGAAGCGUGGUGGGGGAGUAGUGAGGGGGGGUGGGACAGUGGAAGCUAGAGAACAGCCAGGCAUUGUCUCAGAGCCAGGCAGACGGAUUGUUUGUCCAUUUUCUCCCUUUACUCGUUCCUUUGUCCUUUUUAAAAAAAAGUCGGUUUGGAUCCAGGGAUGAAAAGAGUUCCUCAGCUGUGGAAGCUGAAGAAGCUGUUUCAGAGGAAGAAGAGGAGUCAGGAGGCCGAUGGGGGGGAACAGCCCAACGGGGAGUUAGCCAACACGGGGCCGGUGUACUUUAUCUACGAGGAAGAGGAGGAAGAGGACGAUGACCAGAAAGACGAGCCCCCCCCAGAGCCGGUCAAGCCCAUCAAUGACAAGCCCCACAAGUUCAAGGAUCACUACUGCAAGAAGCCCAAGUUCUGUGAUGUCUGUGCUCGGAUGAUUGUCCUCAACAACAAGUUUGGCCUGAGGUGUAAGAACUGCAAGACCAACAUCCACCAUCACUGCCAGUCCUAUGUGGAGUUCCAGAAGUGCUUUGGGAAAAUUCCUCCAGGAUUUCGGCGGGCGUACAGUUCCCCUCUCUACAGCAACCAGCAGAAUGCCUGUGUCAAGGAGCUGCUGCCAUUCUCCCAGUCGAACCGCACGGAUCCCGUUUUCGAGACCCUGCGUGAGGGAGUGAUCAUGGCCAACAAGGAGAGAAAGAAGGGCUCUGAUGACAAGAAGAACGUUAUGAUGAUGAUGAUGGAGGAAGAGGAGUCACAGGCUCCCAAACCGGAAGAGGGGAAAGCUGAAGGCGAAAACCCAGAGGGAGAUAAGAAGGGGGACAAAGCGGCAGCUGAUGACAAGAACAAGAAGUCCCAGCCUGGGAUGCGGACUGGAUUCACACAGUCCCACUACUAUCUGGCUGUCUAUCGCUUCAAGGCCCUGGAGAAAGACGACUUAGACUUCUACCCUGGAGACAGGAUCACUGUGAUUGAUGACUCCAACGAGGAGUGGUGGAGGGGUAAGAUCGGUGAGAAGACCGGUUACCUGCCGGCAAACUACAUCAUCCGUGUGCGUGCCGGGGAACGGGUCUACAAGGUCACCCGGUCUUUCGUAGGAAACAGGGAGAUGGGCCAGAUCACACUGAAGAAAGACCAGAUCGUCGUGCAGAAGGGAGAGGAGGUCAAUGGCUACCUGAAGGUGAGCACGGGGAGGAAGCUGGGAUUCUUCCCCGCCGACCUGCUGCAGGAGAUCUGAGCUGAACUGGAUCAGAACCAUGCACCCGGCUCCACUCCUUCCCUCCCGCCUGUCCAGCCCAGUCAAUCUCAUCCAACAUGAUAUGUUGAAAAAUUGCCAACAAAAAAUGGACAGGUGACUUUGAGUUCCAUAUUUUUAUGAAUGGAUUUGUAGUUUUAUCGCUGUCCUAUUACACUGUUCUUAGACUUUGUGUUCCUCGGACCUUCUCCACCUGGAGCCAGUCAGACCGGACAGACAUGGUAGCGGACACACAGCUCUUUAUUUAGGCUCCCCUUUCUUCAUAUUAUAACUCCACCCUCAUUGCAAGAACACAUUUUUUUUUUUACUGCAGUCUUUAUCAGAACUUAAUCCCACUCGCGUUCAGAGGCCAGGUGGCUGCAGCUGAACACUGAAAAUCCUCCAAACCCAAUUUUUGUGCAGUGCAGCUGUAUAAGUGCCUUUCUCUCGUCAAGUACUGGGUGUUCUGCCAGGCUGAGGUCUGCUUGUGUGUUCGUGCUGGAGAAUGUGUAAGUGUGUUGAGUCUCUCUGAGCCCAAAAGCCAGACUCUUCUGAUUUGGGGCUAACAGUAGUCUGUAGUCGUAGCAGUGCAGAGCAGUGGUCAGGGUUCGGGACUAGUUGAAGGUUAUGGGUACAGAUCCUAUAUGAGAGUGUGCUGUUGUUUCCUUGUGCAAGGGUUUUCACCAGCAUUUCUCUAAUAUCCACCUGUACUAAUGGUUGCAAAUAUAAGUCUGUUUGGAUGAAAACAUCAGCUCAAUAAAUUAGUCAUUAAUUAGUAAUAACCCUGUGUCGUGUUUAGUUUAAAUUCUGCUCUGCUUGAUCCCAUCCUCUACACACUCACUAUAGGUUCCAAUACAUUGAGAUCAUUUUUAAUGGACAAGUCUGUGUGUUUAAAAUUGUAUGCUGUGCGGAGCGUUUUCACUUUUGAGAAGGCUUUUUAUUUUCCGGUUUGGCACGACACUUUGCUCUGGUGAUGUUUCUGUUGCAGCAGACAGCAAAUAUCCGCUUCUGAAUUGCCCAGCAGUAGUGAUCCGAGUGCUUUGUGUGCACCAGCAAGUCUGGGGAAUAUUUACCUUGUGCACAACUCGAACUGCCAACAACUGUGCACAAGUGGUGUCUUCUGGUGUCAUAAACAAUAAAUGUCUAUUUGCACCGCUGCAUCUCCAUCUGGAUAAAGUGGCAGGUGAAUAUCAUUUAAAAUGUGAUUGGGCAGCUUGUUCCAUACUCCCACAACCCUUUGGGCAAAGAAUUGUAUCCUAUCCUUGGUAUUAAAUGCACUUCCAUGUAAUUUCCACUUGUGUCAUUACAAGUCAGUUUGCCCAGAUUGUCAGAUUUAACAGAAACCCAUCUUUAGACAGAAACAUGUCAAGAUGGUUUUUUAACUCCAAUCUUGAAUUGCCCCAGUAUGAGGGAGCAUCUUCUCGUGAAUUUCAAUAAUUAAUUUCAAUAACUAUCUUCCUGCCUGUCCCCAGACUCCCUCAGCAGUGGGUUACCAAAGAAGCCCACCUAUAGGUGAAAAGAUGAUUUUAGAAUUCUUUUGGAGUCAUAAUGUUUUGUAUUUGUAUAUGUGCCUUGCCUGUUGUUAGUGCAGCUGCUCUAACAUCGGACUUAAUGUGUGUGUGACUGUUCGAAGUGCCUUCGUAUGCUGACUGAGUUGGGGGCUGUAAAUUAAUAUCAUAGUCUAGUGAAUGUUAAACUGCUAUGUAUAUCAGUGUCUUCAGUCCAUUAAGUGUGUUAGGGCUGUACUGUGCAAUAAACUGCAAUUUGUAUUUA